CGCGGCUGGGAACGGUAGAGUCUUCCCGUCCUGAGGCCGGCGCGCAGACCUCGGGUCCUGGAGGCUCCCGGUUCCCGGGCACUGCCGCCGGGCGUAGUCGUCGCAGCGGCCCGCCUUUCCCCAGCUCUGAGCGGCCGAGGUCACCAUGAGUCCGGGGUUCCGCCGGGCCGUCGCCGGGCAGGGGGCGGCGGCCGCAGUGCAAUUGCUGGUCACCCUGAGCUUCCUCCCAAGUCUGGUCAAGACCCAGGUGACUGGAGUGCUGGAUGAUUGCUUGUGUGACGUUGACAGCAUUGAUAACUUCAACACCUUCAAAAUCUUCCCCAAAUUACAAAAGUUACAAGAACGAGACUAUUUUCGUUAUUACAAGGUUAAUCUGAAGCGACCAUGUCCUUUCUGGGCAGAAGAUGGCCACUGCUCAAUAAAAGACUGUCAUGUGGAGCCCUGUCCAGAGAGCAAAAUUCCAGUUGGAAUUAAAGCUGGGCCUUCAAAUAAGUACUUGCAAGUGGCAAACAAUACCAAAGAACUCGAAGACUGUGAGCAGGCUAACAAGCUGGGCGCCAUCAAUAGUACAUUAAGUAACGAAAGCAAAGAAGCAUUCAUUGACUGGGCGAGAUAUGAUGACUCACAGGAUCACUUUUGUGAACUAGAUGAUGAGCGAUCUCCUGCUGCACAGUAUGUGGACCUGCUGCUGAACCCAGAGCGGUACACCGGCUACAAGGGCUCCUCGGCAUGGAGGGUGUGGAACAGCAUCUAUGAAGAGAACUGCUUCAAGCCUCGGUCUGUGUAUCGGCCUUUAAAUCCCCUGGCACCCAGCCGAGGGGAAGAUGAUGGAGAAUCAUUCUAUACAUGGCUAGAAGGUUUGUGUCUUGAGAAAAGAGUCUUCUACAAGCUUAUAUCAGGACUUCAUGCCAGCAUCAAUUUACAUCUGUGUGCAAAUUAUCUUCUGGAAGAAAACUGGGGCAAACCUAGUUGGGGACCUAACAUCAAAGAAUUUAAACGCCGCUUUGACCCUGUGGAAACAAAGGGGGAGGGUCCAAGAAGGUUGAAAAAUCUGUACUUUUUAUACUUGAUUGAGCUUCGUGCUUUGUCAAAGGUGGCCCCUUAUUUUGAGCGCUCAAUUGUUGAUCUUUACACUGGCAACUUGGAAGAAGAUGCCGACACCAAGACCCUUCUGCUCAGCAUCUUUCAGGACACAAAGUCCUUCCCCAUGCACUUUGAUGAGAAGUCCAUGUUUGCAGGUGACAAAAAGGGGGCCAAGUCUUUAAAGGAGGAAUUCCGGUUACAUUUCAAGAACAUCUCACGUAUCAUGGACUGUGUCGGAUGUGAUAAGUGCAGAUUGUGGGGGAAAUUGCAGACUCAGGGUUUAGGAACUGCCUUGAAGAUACUCUUCUCUGAAAAAGAAAUCCAAAAACUUCCGGAGAACAGUCCAUCUAAAGGUUUCCAGCUUACUCGGCAAGAAAUAGUUGCUCUUUUAAAUGCUUUUGCAAGGCUUUCGACAAGCAUAAGAGAAUUACAGAACUUUAAAGCAUUAUUACAUCACAGGAGGUAAUGAAGACUUUUCUGUCUCUGUAGACAUAAUGGACUGUGUGAAGCCUUUUAGCCUUGGACAUUGAGGAGAGAGACUAAGUGUCUAAGACUUCAAGAAUUCUGAACUCUUAAAGAGAAAACUCAAAUGUUCACUUGAAUAUUUAUGAUCCUUAAUAGACUAUCAAUUAGAGAUAUUUAUAAAUGAAGUAUAUACUUUAAAAUUGUAAGUUAUACUAAUCCCAUGUUUGUUUCACAUUGGUUUUAUUUGUAUUGUAUUACCCUUCAUUCCUAGUCGUCAAACUUGAAAUGACUGUGUCUAUCCUGAGAAGACUAUUCAGUCUGUUAUAGAAAAAGAACUAGGGAACCAGUGCUGCCUAGGGCUGGUCUCAGUGACAAAUUUGUCAAUGCUGUAGUUAGUGUCUUAGCCUUGCCUAACACUGUGUGUCAUCUUCUGUAACACAGGGCUGUCACUCUAAUGACUAGGCCUUUCAAUGACUAGUGAGAGGUUCUGGAUGACUUCCCAGGACUUCAACCAUUUUAAGAUGUUUAGUUGCUGUUGCUGCUUUGGUUUUGGCCUAAAGGGUCCUGCCUUGGUGAAGGUGGGUAAGUGUCCUCCCAUGCUCACUUGGCCAGAUGUCCUGUGUACACCGGGCUGGCUCAAGAGUGGAGUGUCCUUUACCUAAAGCCUACAGCUCCCCUUCUUCUGACUUCUUUGUUCCUCUCCUAAUUAUAAACAUUUUCAGUUAUUUUAUGAAAAGCCCUAUUUAUUUAAUGGAUUGUUUAUUCAUAAAAUUUGAAUGGGAUCCUAUGGGUUUAUAAUGCUACUUGCAUUAUACACAAAUUUUGCUGUUUUAAAGUAAGCAUUUUCAAUGUUUGAUUUUGAACACAAUCUAUGCAAUCCUCUACCUCUUUGUGUGAUUCUUUCUGGUGAGAUGCUUCGGCAGGAGUGUCACCACCACCACCACCACCACCACCACCACCACCACCACCACCACCCAUUCCUCCCAACCCCCACCUUCCAUUAAUUCCAGAUCAGUCGUCCUUGGUGUGACUUAAGACAGUAGAGGACUUAAAGGCCCUAGACUGUCAUUUUCUAAACCUGGAAUUUAAAGUCUUUAAAUGUUUUAAAUCUUGGUUCUUUUAAAGGUGGCAGUGGAUAAUGGGAUUACUUGAAAGGUUUUUAUCUAUGUGGAAGUAAUUCGAGUCCAAAGUCUCUUCUCCUUAGAUUCCAUCUUGCUGAAGUAAACAGUAAGUGCUCUUACCCACAUUUUAUCUGCCAAAGUCUGGACUGUGUUCCUUGUGACUUCACGGUGUGUGCAGAUUGAGUUGCUCGUUCCUCUUGAUGCUUCGUCAUCCACUGUGGAGGUGUGACUGGGGACUGGGGCCUCACUAGUUACUUCCCUCCUAAUUUCUAACCUUUAUAAACUUCAUGUUUUGUUGAUAGUGGGGAAUUUUAUAGGUUGAUUUUUCUUUUAAGCUGGCUUCCAGUUUUCCUUUUUCUUUGCUUUUUACUUUUAGAGUUGUGUUACCAGGUGAUGGGAGUGGGCCACUGUAAGACAAAAAGUCUACAAAAUGAAUACCAGUGUACCAGUGACCUUGCCAGUACAUCAGUAAGAAGUGUUCUGUAGUGUCCAUUUAGAAUGUAAGGAAAUGUGAAAAUUUUGCACUUUGUCUAUUUUUAUUUUAAAUGCAGAGGUCAUUUUGGUAAUGUCACUUACCAAUACUGCAGUUAGAUGCUAUUGUUUUAAACUAUUUGCUUGAGGGAAAAAAAAUCUUAGUUUCCACUUGAAUUUUUCUUAACUAUGGUUUGCUUCAAGCUUAGGACACACAGUAGUAUUAGAGUGUUCUAGGGAAUUGAAAAGAUGUGUUUAAGUUAAAAUAUACUCAAGGCUUUACUGAAUUUCCUCAGUAAGGCAAGUAUUUUGAAGUUGAUAUUUGUUGGAUAACUUUUACUUACAUUAGGAUUGUGUGCGUGGCCUACAUUUCUGCCGUCUGAGGACUGUGGAGAUUGUAGGCUGGCCCUGGUGAUGAGUCUGGUCCUCGGGAGGCUGUCAGCCAGUUCUGUUACCAGAGCCAGGGGGAGCACGGUUUAGCUGAGAGUGAUUGACAGCUGAGCAACAGAUGCUGUCUAUCUGCGUCUCAUCACCUACUGCAAAAAUCUAGCAUCUGACAGCAAAACUGACGGAAAUAAUUAGACCUGAUGACGAAAUCAACAUGAAGAGGAGGAAGUGUUUUCUCCUGGUGGACUACAUUGGCUUUCCUUUAAUGGUAUCUGUUUUAGACAGAUUAUACAUACUAAAAUGGUCAAUGUUCAGUAUUCGGUAUUGGAUUAUGUGGAGGAUCAGCCAAAACAAGAUCUCAGUUUUGAAACUUGACAGGUCAAAUGUUGGGCUCCUGUACUGUCCGUGUGAAACGCUGUGCCGUGUUUCUCGACUCUGCCUAGGUAUGUAAGGAAGGACAGCUGUGCUGGUCUUCACAGCAUUGCCUUCAGCUGGACAUCUGGAAACAGUUCACAGUAGGCCUCUCAGCAGUCUGCAGAUUGAAGUUCCCGCAGAAGCCAUAGCUAGUCACCAAAAGGCUCAGACCAGGUACACAGUGUCAUGGAAACUCCUUGGUACAAGCCAAACACAGAAAUCCACAUGUCCUUUAUUUGAAAUAACAUCUACAGGUGCAGCUUUGAGUUUUCUGAGCAGAAUUCCAAAUAAUUCACUGUUGUACCCACCAAAAUCUAGACCAUGAAUUAAAGUACAUGUUUCUGCAA